CCGCGCAGGCGCACACCGACAGCCGCUUCCGGGUUCAGGCGCCGCGUUUUGCAGAGAGAGAAAAACCCCGAGGAAGGGGCGGCCGGGGGUGGCGAUGGCGACCUACAGCCUGGCCAACGAGAGGCUUCGCGCGCUGGAGGACAUCGAACGGGAGAUCGGCGCCAUUCUCCAGAAUGCAGGUACCGUGAUCCUGGAGCUGUCCAAGGAGAAGACCAACGAACGGCUGCUGGACCGGCAGGCGGCGGCCUUCACGGCGUCGGUGCAGCACGUGGAGGCGGAGCUGUCGGGGCAGAUCCGCUACCUCACCCAGGUGGCCACCGGGCAGCCCCAUGAGGGCUCCAGCUACUCUUCCAGAAAGGACUGCCAGAUGGCCCUGAAGCGAGUGGACUACGCCCGUCUCAAGCUCAGCGAUGUGGCUCGAACCUGUGAGCAGAUGCUGGAAAACUAGGCCAACCAGCUAGAGCGAGAACUUGGAAGAAGGCCACCACCAGCACCCGGGACAAAGCCCAGAGACCUGUGGCGUGGGACAUCAGGGCUGCCACUUUGGGCCCGGCUGGGCAGGGUAUAGGGGGCAGAAGGUGGGGAUGGAGACACUUGAAGAUCAGGCAACCCUGACUGCUCCCACAGGUGCUCCCGCAGGUGCGCCAGGAAGUGCAGACAAGCUCAGACAGAGAUCAGACCACCAGCGCACUUCCUCCAACACUCCGUGCCCUACCCCAGGCUUCUGUAGACUGGACCAGCGAAGGCAUAUUCUUUUUCAUGGAAAGAGACAAAAGCAGAACCAGGGGUUUUAAUUAAAAAAUACAGCAACGGAAGCAGGGAGCUCGGACUCUCACUGGAGCAUACGUGGGUGAUACUGGGAUUGAGGAAAGAAAAUCAAGGGGGUGGUGGGACCCUGAGGGUAGGCGCUGGAGCCAGGAACCCUGGGAAGGGGGCAGGAGCCUGAGGCCAGUGUCUGCAGAAUAGAAGAGUCAAUAAUUAUAAAAAUAAUCUUUAGUAAUUAAGCACAUAAUUUGUCUAGGGUAUCACAGUGAAUUGUAGAUUUUAUGUUACAGCAUGGAAAAGAAAUCGCGGAAGAGCAGACAAGAGGGCAGUGGCCGGAUACUUGUAUAUUAAAUAUCAACUGGCUGUGGAGUGCCUAGCAUGUGCUAGAGAUUAUCCUGAGUAUUAAAGAUGUGCGGGGCUGCAUAAAGAACGGCGUCUACCCUCUCAGAUUUCCGCUCUCCACUCAGGCACUGGAGUCUGAUGCCACAGGUGUAUAAUACAGCGGCAAAUCUGGAAAAGAGAAAGGGUUGAAGGUAUCAGCUUUAAAAUUAAGGAAAGUUGGGGGACUAGCUUGAGCUGGAGGAUUCGAUUCCCAAAGCUCAACAAUACAACCGUAGUACAGGGCAGGUGCUCAGGAGAGACUUGUGAACUAAAUAAAUGGCUCCCACCUUCCUUCAUGAGUUCCUCUCCCCUUAGCCUGCUCUAGCUGCCAUCUUUUUUUUAAGAUUUUAUUUAUUUAACAAAAAGAUAGCAAGAGCAGGAACCCAAGCAGGGCGUGGUGGGAGAGGGAGAAGCGGGUUUCCCACUAAGCAGGUAACCCAAUGCGGGCCUCCAUCCCACCAUCACAGGAUCAUAACCUGAGCCAAAGGCAGACACUUCACAACGAGCCACCUAGGCGCCCCUAGCUACCAUCUUAUAUUGCUCCAAGCCCUGCCUGGCUCUGAAGGUCAAGGAUAGGUCCCUGGGCCUGAGAUGGCUUUCCUUCCUCCCUCCCUCUUUUGUAACCGUCUCUACCUGAUCUUCUCUCAUGGCCUAUGGUUCACGAUGCAGACAGAUGCUAUCUGUCUGCUUGGGGCAGGUUUCCGGUUUCCGGCCACCUAAGAGCUUCUAGGGAGAGGGACCCCAGAGGCUCAGCUUACCUGGAGUGUGCUGCAGUGACUGCUCCCUCCUCCUCCUGCACAGCACGUACAGGAGGACCACAGUGAGAACGAAGAUGAUGGUCAGGAGGGAGACCACUGGCACCAUGGCUGAGGUUCUCGCGGAAGGCCCUAUUUGUUCUUCCAGCUGCUUCUGCCUCUCCUCAGACCCCCGACCGUGGCCCUCAGUGGAUGUAGUGAUGUCAUCUGCACGGGUGAGGUUUCUGUCCAAGGACUGGGCCCCUGCUGGAAGCAUGGGCUGUGCAGUGGACUGCGAGGCAGGUGGCAGGUGCGUCGGAGCAGGGGAGCCUGUGUCUAAAGGUGCCCUUUGUGUGGGCUCAGGAACCUGGGUGCUGGGAGGAGGUAAAAGCUCCUGGGAGGCCGCACUCCCGGAGUUAGCAUAUCCAUAUUCUGGAGAGGCAAGAAGUAAGGAGUCAGAACAUCAAGAUCACAGCUGAAGGCCAGAGAGGAAGGCAGAGGCGGAGGGCAGAGCAGGGUGGAGAAGGAAGUGAACCGACCAGCAACAAGGAAGCACUGGGAAAAGCAUCUGCACCGGGACGUGGGGGACACCUGGGCUGGAACCCUGACUCUGCUACAGAGUUGCUGUGUGUCCUUGUCCCUUGUCUCUUGACCUCCCUGGGAGGCCUUUCUUUCAGCUAUAGAGCGGGGAGAAUUCUAGCAAGGGCCACAGUGGCCAGGAGGAUGAAGGGAAAGCCUGUGUGCAGGUCUCUAGCCCACAGACUGGUCUGUGGGCCAUGGAGGAGACGCAAGACUACUUUUCUGCAAGUGUUAGGACAUUUUGUGUAUUUAUUUUAUGAGAAAAAUACAGCAGGCGCAUCUCAAAAGUGGCAUGUGUACAGUUAAGAAUUUGUUCCUCUUAUCAUAUGUAAAUUUAGCCUCAAAAGAGAAAUGGCAACAAUCAAGUAUUGAGCUCCAUGAUACACAAGCUGAGAUGUUUGGGGGUGAAGUGUGGUCAUGCCUGCACCUAACCAGGAAACGCAUCAAAAAAUAAGGGGCACCUGUGGGGGCUCAGUCAGUUGAGCGUGUGCCUUCAGCUCAGGUCAUGAUCCCUGGGGUCCUGGGAUGGAGCCCGCAUUGCAACAGGGCUCCCUGCUCAGCAGGGAGUCUGCUCUUCCCUCCUCCCUCCUCCUUCCUCCCUCCCCCCUCUCCCCUGCUCAGGCACUCUUUUCUCUGUCAAAUAAAAUUGAUGACGAAGAAGAUAGAUGGGCUCGCACUAAAGCAAAUGUGGUUAUGUGCUAUAAACUUGACAUUGUAAAACAGGAA